GUUAAGGGAGGGGCCAUUCCAGCAGAGAGAGAGGUUCGAUCAUGGUGCGAAGUAGUGGACUGUAUGGCUACAGGCCAAGAUGCAUCCAGUCCCUCUGCAUAUGGGAGAGGAUGACGGGGGACGGACUGACUGUGACUGCCAUCUUGGACUAUAGUUACGGCAGGCGGGAGUUGAAGCUGAAAAUAAACAUAGAAGGGGGGAGAGAAGAGGAAAUGAGGGUGGAUCCGGACCUGCAGAUGGCGAUCACAAAGGCAAAAGAUCGAGUGGAAAGGAGGUGCGUGGGUGAUGAUAUGGACAUGAUGAUGAUGAUGAUGAUGAUGAUGGAGGAUGACAUCAUGAUCAUGGUGACGACGAUGACGACGAUGCCAACUAAGGAUGACAUCAUGAUGAUGGUGAUGACGAUGAGGACGACGACGACCAUGAUGACGACGACGAUGGUGAUGAUGAUGAUGAUGAUGAUGAUGAUGAUGAUGACGAUGACGGCGAUGACGAUGAUGAUGAUGCUGAUGCUGAUGAUGCUGAUGGUGACGAUGAUGAUGACGGUGAUGACACCUUUCCUUGGCAUGUCACCAUUUGGCAGGCACACCGUUACCCGCUUGAUGAGGAUGUUGAGGAGCUGGGAUUCAAUUGCUUCUAUGCUGCCAAAAGGAGGAGAAGCGAUAUGGGGUGGCGUGGACUGGUCACCGGAAGAAGGGCACCCUGCUGAAUACGAGGAGUAUAUUGGGGAUACAUAUGGUGAGUUAAGGAGUGAGGAAGACAAUCAAUCGAAGUCAGAUGACCCUCACACUGGUUCUGUGGACGUUGCAGCAAAUGACAAGCAUGCCUUGACCUGCAAGAACUUGGAUAAUCCUGCCGCAGAGCACUGUGACCACGAGCAUGCCAAGGCUGCCGAUACCAGCAGUGGUGACUGUGAACCGGGGAAGGGGAAGAUUUUGCGGUUGAAAAAGAGAUGGUCAACCAUAGGGAGAAUUGUCGCAUUUGGAAGGGAGGAGGCGCUGAAAGAUCUCAGCAAGGAGGAUGUCCAGAGCAUUGACAUGGCUGGAGAGGCGAAGAUCUUCCUAUCCGACGACGAUAGGCAGCUCUUCACGACCAAGCUAGCGGAAGGGAAAGACCCCCUGGCAUUGCAAAAAAAACUAUGGGUCGGCUUAAAAGACCAGGAGGAAAUCACUCGGAGGAACACAUUCUGGACGGAGUUGAAUAUCGGGGCCGACAGGAGAUUCCUCGGGCGGCUCACGGCAGGACGUGGGAAAUCCUCACCUGGGCAUACAAAUUACUCUACGCUAACGACUCGGAGAAGUUUCCCUUGGCCCGGGAAACAGGAGGGCACGAGCUGUUCACCCGAUGUUGGGAAUCUCAAGAUAGCGCAGACAAUGAAUGGUGGGCGCAAGUGGGAGAAUUCAUUAAGCCCUUAUUUCGCGGUCGAGUGGGGGAAGUGGAUAGGAAAUUGUUUUCGGGAGAGGAUUGGGAGCGUCCCUGACCUGGAAAUCGUUCGUCUAGCACUUGCGGCUUACGAGGAAAAGCUGGUACGAGAUUCCUGGUGGACCGCGACAAGCGAAGAGUCGGCGGAAAGUAGCCAGGGAGGAGUGUCGAGUGAGGGGGAGGGGAGCUCAAAAGAAAGCAGCAGUAAUAAAGAAGAGGUAGGGCAAGAUAGUGACACUAGCGAGGAGGGCGAGUACGGCAAGACGGGAUGGGGUAUUCUGGGCAUAAGGAAAGGGCUAACGCCUUGCCGGAGCUUGGGUACCACGCUCGCGACGGUUGAGCUGUGCUUGAGGGAAAGGGUGUUGGGAUGGUUCGAUCGGGAAGGAACUGCAAAGACUAGGGAGGGACAGAACGCCGGCAAGGAAGGACCGGAUACCAAUAUGGCGGGCGAGGCCAGUAGCUCCGAAUGCGGCCUUAGGAAGAUAGUAUCAUCCCUCGCACGAGCACUAAACAAAAAUCAGGGCUACCUAGCGGACGCUAAGAAAAAGUUGACGUUCGACGGGGCAAACAUCACGGAGUUCCUAAUCGAUUAUGAGAACCUAGAUGCGUUGCUGAAAUGGACCGAAGAAGAAAAGAUGGACCACCUAGGACAGCAUGUGCCAUUGAGCCUGGGGCGGGACAUAAUGGCCAUUGUGGCCGCGAGCCGGUCUUGGAAGGAGACCCGGGAUGUGAUGAUGAGGAAAUACCUAGCGGCAGAGAAAAUGGCUACGGAGGUCGACUUAGCGGCAGUUCAGAGGAAGAACUUCGCAAUGUACAAUGACUUCCUACGGGAGUUUACUCUAGUAGCACUAAGGAUCCCCGGGGUCACGGACCGGAUAAUGAGCAAAUACUUCCUCAGGCAGUUCUCCGAGUUCGACAAAGACAAGAUUUUGUCGGCUUACCAACAGACGAGCAAGUUCGUAAACACUCGGAAUGUUGAUUUUAGUACGGUACCAGAAGACAGUAGUAACCGAAAAUUGGCUUUGCUCAAGGAAGGGGAGGUCAUAGACUUGACCAGUAGGACAGGCGACAAGGUAAAAAGGGGGAUUGAGAGCCUACAUGAACGGGUGCACGGGGUCGGCAAUAAGAUCGAAAGGGUGGAGAACGCGUUGCUGGUUAUGCAGGCGCAAGUAUCCCGACCCGCCCUCCCUCCCCAGGAAGCCGUAGUUCCACCAGGAGUAGCCAACCGAGGAUUCGGACGGAGAGAUCUCACUAAUGAGCAAUGCAAGUAUUGCACCGCAGUGGGACAUUUUGUGCGCGCGUGUCCAAAACUUAACCAUGAUAUAUUAAAAAGGAGAUGUACUAGGUCAUUAAAAGGGGAGAUAUUCGGACCGCAGGGAGAACGGGUGAAUUGGAACUCACCAGGGGGAAUGCGGCGAGCCAUUAUCAUGCUCAAUAGGUUAGAGAUAACUGCAGUAGAGGCCGAGCCGGUGGUAGAUAUCAUCUGGGAUCAACUUCGGGGCCGCAGGCCGCAGGUCAACUUCAUUAUGGAAAGCGACGGACGUGAUAGGGUGAAUGCGAGUACUCGGCUAGGGACGGCUGGGAGAAGGAUUAUCCGGGACACCGUGAUGGAGGAGGUUGCUGGAAGUUCCGAACCCCAGGCAGAGCCCGAGGCCGAGGAACCAGAGAAAGUCUAUGGGAAGCCUAGGGAAGAGAAACCUACAAACAAAGUUACCGCUGCUAAGAAGAAGUUUCGGUAUCAAAUCCCGAUUUUAACCAUGCCUGAGAUCGACGACACCCUUAGCAAGUUGCUAGGAACCAUGGUGUCGGUGUCGUUUCAGACCAUGCUGCAGGCUAGCCCUAGGUUGCUCAAAGGGCUCAGACAACUGAUGACUCGGCGUGAUCACCAAAAGGGGCGGCUGGACGCGAAGCUGAUCCCUCCGGUCAGAAUCCACACGGAAGAGCAUGAGUGUCGGAAUGACAAGGGUCCGUCCUAUGAAUUUGGGAUAGCGGGAGAAGUGACAGACCUUCUUCGAGCGAAGAUGGACUCCUUCGUCGCAGAACCUACGGCGUCGCGAUACGCGAACCGGUGGUUUGUCUUCUGGAAGCCCAACAAGACGCUAAGGUGGAUUCAGGAUCUGCAGAAGUUGAAUGCGGUAACCAUCCGAGAUGCUGGCUCGCUGCCUCAGGCCGAUCUAUUGGCGGAAUCGCAUGCCGGCCGGAGCAUUUACUCCUUGAUAGAUUUGUACUCAGGAUACGACCAACUUCCAUUGGAUGUUCGGGACAGGCCGUACACAGCUAUGCACACCCCCGUAGGCCAGUUGCAGAUGCAAGUGACCCCUAUGGGCUUCACAAACGCGGUAGCCGAAGCGCAACGAAGAAUGCUCGUCGUAGCCGGGGACAUGUUCCCAGAGAAGUGUGAGCCCUACAUCGAUGACAAUCCAAUCAAAGGCGCGCAGGAGAAAGGACGAGACGGAAAUCCAGCCAGGAAUUCGAAGUUCAAGAAGGAGGUCCCGGCCAUCUUGCAUUGCCUUAAGACCUUCCAGGCCUACCUAUUUGGGAGGCGGUUCAUCCUUAGGAUCGAUCUGACAAAUGUUGCAGGGGCCCUAAAGAAUUACAGGCCUAUAGAUCCGACGGCGGGGAGAUGGGUAGGAUUUAUGUGGCAGUUCGAUUAUAAGAUCGAACGGAUUGCGGGAAUCAGAAACAAGGCCGAUGGGUUGAGCCGGGUCUGCAUCACUCUCGAAGCGGUGGAAGAGGCGGAACCCAUAGACGCGUUCCUUGAAUACGAAGGCGGAACUCUGGCGGUGGACAACGAAAUGAUGGGCGAAGAAUGCGCGUCGGGAGAAUUGUUGAUCCGAACUUUGGAGAAGGGGGCGCCUGCCGUAGUAGCAGCUCAGGGAAGGACCGGACAAGCGCCGGGAAACAAGAUGGCGCGAUGGUUGUCGCCUCCUGUCUACUCUAGUGGUCCGGAAAUGCCUAUAGAGGUAAGGGAUGGGGUAUCUGUUGUUCUUCCGGAAGAAGGGACGUGGACCGACCUAGAACCGGCCUAUGAAACCGUGAUAAUGGACGAGAAGGGCGCGUUCCGCUGGAUAGAGACAAUCUGGACUAAGGUCAGCUUGACGAGACUCUCACCUAGCUUGAUGGACCUAGAAUUCCGAGGAACAGUGGAAGCUCGAGGGUGGGUCUACCUGUCGCAGGAAUUGGAAAAUGCAAUGGUAAUGGGAUUAGUAUUGGGCACGGCACCGGAUCAGCUGUUUAGGCAAGCGGAACGGGAAGUGGUAUGGGCAGCAUGUCAGCGGGUAGAAAUGGAGAUGGAAAGGAUGGAGGUGCGAGGGGAACUCGGGGACCGGAAAAAUAUGAGACGUCCUCUUAGGACAAUGAGGCUAGGUAAAGGAAUAGCGAUGGAGGAAGAAAUCGAGGAUCAGCAGAGCAAAGGGUCGGGUGCUGAAAACAAGAUGGCGCUAUGGUUGCCUUCCCUGAUCUAUACCAGCGGCCCGAAAAUGCCAGUAGAUGUAAAGGAUGGGGUAUCGGUCGUCCUCCCGGAAGAUGGGACGUGGACGGACCUUGAACCAGCGUAUCAAACGGCAAUACUGGAAGGGGAGAACGCGUUUCUUUGGAUAAAAACAGUAUGGACUAAUGUCAGCUUGACAAGGUUGUCACCAAGUUUAAUGGAUUUGGAAUUCCGAGGGACAGUGGAAGCCUGGGGGUGGGUCUACUUGUCGCAAGGUGGGGAAAAUGCUAUGGUCAUAGAGUUGGCACUCGGGAAUGCGCCGGACAAGUUGUUUAGGAAGGCAAAAGUGGAGGUUGUGUGGGCUGCGUGUCAGCGGAGGGAAAUGGAAAUGGAAAGGAUAGACGUGCGGGUGGAACUUGGGGAUAGAGGGAGCAUGAGGCGACCCGUCAGAACCAUGCGAUUUGUGCUGCCUCGCUUCCUGGUGGAUGCGGUUUUCGGAACCCGAAGCAGACUAGUGCGGAUAUGCCAGUCCAUGAUGAACCUUGGACUAUACCAGUGUGCUAGGCAAGACUUCUUUCGGUUGUCGGUAGAAAUGGGGACGUUUGAGGGGAACUGGGCGGACGAGCUGGUCGAGGAUCCAAUGUGGCUUCUAGGGGAUGCAGAGGCGCGAACCCGAAAGGAAGGCAAGAGGUUCGCCAACGAGGGGUGGGACGAAGUUAGUAGCAGAGUUGUGAUGGGAGGAUGGAGGGAACUCAAGCCUCCAUGCCUGCGCACAAUGGCGUGGGUGCCCGAGUUCGUGGCCGACUGGUUCGGGGGAUUCGAGCACAUAGCAGACGUGGCCGACUCCAUGAGGGAAGUGCACAUAGAAUGUGCCUGGUUGACCGAGGAAUUCUUAUGGAUGUCCUUAAAAUAUGAGCCCUUCUACGGCGAUAAAGCCAGUGAAGUCAUCACCGUCCUGAGGAUAGGUAAGUACGAUCGUCUAGAGGUAGACGCGAAGGCUUGGGACGCCAUAGUUAGUCGGGAGGCGGCGGUCGCGCCAUCCUAUGUGGUUCAAUUAGAGGGACCCAAAAAUCGAAACACCGCGGGGAGAUCGGAGUAUGAAGGAUGCAGCACCGUAACGGAUCUGGCCGAAAAGACGGUAGUGACCGAGACGCUGGCCUUGCGUAAGGAAGGGGAGGUCAUAGACUUGACCGGGAGAACAGGCGACAAGGUAAAGAAGGGGAUCGAAAGUCUACAUGAACGGGUGCACGGAGUCGACAACAAGAUUGGAAGGAUGGGGAGCGCACUAUUGGUUAUGCGGGCGCAAGUAUCCCGACCCCCCCUCCCUCCCCAGGAAGCCGUAGUUCCGCCGGGUGUAGCUAAUCGGGGAUUUGGACGGAGAGAUCAUGCUAACGAGCAAUGCAAGUACUGCACCGCGAUGGGACAUUAUGUACGCGCAUGUCCAAAGCUCAACCAUGACAUAUUAAAAAGGAGAUGUACCAGGUCGUUAAAGGGGGAGAUAUUUGGACCGCAGGGAGAACAGGUGAAUUGGAACUCGCCAAGAGGAAUGCGGCGAGCCGUUAUCAUGCUCAAUGGGCUAAAGAUACCGAUCGUAAAAGUUGAGCCGGUGGUCGAUAUCAUUUGGGAACAACUGCGGGGUCGUGGGCCGCAGGUCAACUUCAUUUUGGAAAGCGGCGGACGUGAUAGGGUGAACGCGACUACUCGGCUAGGGACGGCUGGGAGAAGGAUUAUCCGUGACACCGUGAUGGAGGAGGUUGCUGGGAGUUCCGUACCCCAGGCAGAACCUGAGGCCGGGGAACCAGACAAAGUCAAUGGGAAGCCUAGGGAAGAGGAACCCAUAGAUAAAAGGCUUAUGGAGAAGGAGGAGGAAGUCCUCCAAGUGAUCCAAGAGAGAAGAGCGACGGAAGGGCAUCGGAUACCAGAUGAGGUAGCUGACACAAUGAAGAUAGGGGUAGAAGGAUUCCUAACGGAGGAGGAAGAUCGCCUGAUCAAAAGGACCUUCCAAGAGUUUCACCUGGCAUUUGCUUUUAGUGAUGAUCAAAAGGGGCGGCUGGAUGCGAAGCUGAUCCCUCCGGUCAGAAUCCACACAGUAGAGCAUGAGUGCUGGAACGAUAAGGGUCCGUCCUAUGAGUUUGGGAUAGCAGGGGAAGUGACAGACCUCCUCCGAGCGAAGAUGGACUCCUUCGUCGCAGAACCUACAGCGUCGCCAGACGCGAACCGGUGGUUCGUCUUUCGGAAGCCCAACAAAACACUAAGAUGGAUUCAGGAUCUGCAGAAGUUGAAUGCGGUAACCAUCCGGGAUGCUGGCUCACUACCUCAGGCUGAUUUGUUAGCAGAAUCGCACGCCGACUGGAGCAUUUACUCCCUGAUCGAUUUGUACUCAGGGUACGACCAGCUUCCAUUGGAUGUCAGGGAUAGGCCGUACACCGCAAUGCACACCCCCGUAGGCCAGUUGCAGAUGCAGGUGACCCCUAUGGGCUUUACGAACGCGGUAGCCGAAGCGCAAAGGAGGAUGCUCGUCGUAGCCGGAGAUAUGUUUCCAGAGAAGUGUGAGCCCUACAUCGACAAUAAUCCGAUCAAAGGCGCGCAGGAAAAGGACGAGACGGAAGUCCAGCCGGGAAUCCGAAGGUUUCGAAGUCGAGACCCAGUGGAACAAUGGCUUCAGGAGGCCGAGGAUAAGGAAACCGAAGGGCAACAGAGAGAAAGGGAGGCAGCGGCAACAGCUAGAGCUGCCGACAUUGCUGAUGAGGUGGCUCUCCUCCGGAUCCGGGAAGCUAAUGCUGACCGGUUCCGGGAGGAAAAAGCUGCUGCUGUAGCAGCCUUGGUCCGACUGCGGACCUUGGAAGACUUUGAGUCUCGUAUGACAACACUUGAGCAGCGGAACGAAGAGCUGCAGGCUAAGGUAAUUAGCCUUGAACAGUCCCAGUUGUCUGCCUCCCGCCCUCCUAACCCUCGAUCUGCUGUAAUCCCAGUCUCUCAGCCCAACACAACCCUCGUUCCAAGGGCCAGCGGAACUGCGGUAAGUGCAGGAACCGGAGCAAGCUCCUCAAGCGGCAGCACCGGUAGUUAUGCACUGAUCGCAGUCCCAAAUGCAGGGACUUCAGCCCAAAACGCCACAGUCCUUACCGACGUUCAGUACAACGGUCCCAUGGUGGACAAGCGGGCGGCCACGCUGCCGUCCAAGUACGACGGGAAGGCUGACAUCACCUCUUGGAUUAGUUCCAUGGGGUCAUACUUCGAGGUCAUGCGGACACCGCAAGAGGACCGAAGUAUGAUCACGGGAACUAAUACCGAGCCUGCCGUACGAAACCACAUUGAGCUCCAAGCUAUUGCUGCAUGCUAUGCACGCAUAGACCUGACUGAUUGGCUGAAGGUCACCCCAGUUCGCACCCUUGAGGAUCUUCUCCUUGACCGGUAUCAGGAUAAACAUGCUGCACUCAAGGCUAGACUGAAGCUUGAGGCCCUCAAGGGCCAAACAUGGAGGUCAUCCAUGCAGGCUUUGGAACAGCACCUGAAUGGUCUAUUCACCACUCCGGAUCUAGGAAUGACUGACGUGUCUUGCAGGGAUGUCGUCAUGGGAGUGGCCCCUAAAGAAUACCUCUCCCUGCUAGCACUCAAGGACCAUGCUACCUGGCGAGAUCUCAUGAAGGACCUAGUCGACCUAGAGGCCAAGGACCUCGCCAGGCGCAAGAAGGCGCCCGCUGCAGGUGGGAAACCACAACGCAAGCGGUUUGGAGGCAGCAACCAGCUUGCACUGCAUGAUCAUCGGGAGGCUGACGAUCAGUCCUAUGUGGAUGAUCUGCCUCUAGAUAACGAUCUAGAGCCGGACUCCGAUACGGGCUAUCAGAACACGUGGGACAAGGAAUUGCACAAAGUGAAGGGGCUGUACAACAACUCCAUUCACUCUGCGACUGGUGUGACACCAAACCAAUUGCAGUAUGGAUGGCCGAUGCGUAAUCCCCUCUCCUAUCUGUUCCCUGAACGGUCACCUGGUCUGAUGCCCGGCAUGCCUGGCUACAAUGCCAAGUACGCACGCUUGCUCAAAGCUGCUACAGCAGCUAUGAACAAGCGCCAGCAUGCCAUGAUCAAACAUGCCAAUAAGCGGCGCAAAGAAGAAAAGUUCAAAGUAGGGGAUUAUGUUUGGGUCAAAAUGUCUGAGUUUUCUGAUGAAGAGGGCAUAUCACGGAAGCUUCUUCCAGUGUACUACGGCCCUUGGCAGAUUCUGAAGGUCAGGAAGCCAGAAUCCAACCUUCAUGAAGAGGAUCAUGUAUGUGUGGACUGUGGGGACGCUUGGACUGAAUAUAUGGAGAUGACAGUGCAGAUGAAAGAGAAAAUCGUUGGAAGAAAAAUAUACACAGUCUCAGCAGCAAUCGAUUUGCUACGUGAGGUAGCACCGCGACUGAUGAAGCGGGUUGAUCGAAGCUGGAGCAUGGGGCUUGCCACAAAUCUAUCUGAUCCAAAGUACGCAGAGAAUCCUCACUAUUGGGGAAAUGUGCUGCAAUCAACGUACGUAUAUUCUCAAGAAAAUCAAUGAAUCACUACAAAGCAUUACUCCCGUAUUUCUAAUGCUUCACUGCU